AUGGCGGCGGCUAACCUGCUCUCGCGCUCCCUUCUCCCGACCCCAAACCCUACCCAAUCGAGCCACCCGAACCGCCGGAGCCCCGCCGUCGUCUCAUUCCCUCGCCGCCAUGGCCGCCUGUCCUCCGUGCGCGCCUCCGUCUCCACGGCCUCCCCGUCCCCACCGCCACAGCCCGCGGCGGCGGCGGCUGCCGGCGUGCCGAAGCACUGCUUCCGGCGCGGCGCCGACGGCUACCUGUACUGCGAGGGAGUGCGGGUGGAGGACGCGAUGGCGGCUGCCGAGCGCAGCCCCUUCUAUCUCUACAGCAAGCCUCAGAUCCUCCGCAACUUCGCCGCCUACCGCGACGCUCUCCAGGGGCUCCGCUCCAUCGUCGGGUAUGCCGUGAAGGCCAACAACAACCUCCCCGUGCUACGCGUCCUGCGUGAGCUUGGCUGCGGCGCCGUCCUCGUUAGCGGCAACGAGCUCCGACUCGCUCUCCAGGCGGGAUUUGACCCCACCAGGUGUAUAUUUAACGGAAAUGGGAAGACAUUCGAAGAUCUUAAAUUAGCUGCUGAGAGCGGAGUAUUUGUAAACGUGGAUAGUGAAUUUGAUUUGGAAAAUAUUGUCAGAGCUGCAAGGGCUACCGGAAAGAAAGUGCCUGUUUUGCUUAGAAUAAAUCCAGAUGUGGAUCCGCAGGUACAUCCGUAUGUUGCCACGGGAAAUAAAACGUCCAAAUUCGGGAUCCGCAAUGAGAAAUUGCAAUGGUUUUUGGACUCUAUCAAGUCAUACCCAGAUGAAAUCAAACUCGUCGGUGUUCAUUGCCAUCUGGGAUCUACUAUUACAAAGGUUGAUAUAUUCAGAGAUGCUGCAGUUCUUAUGGUGAAUUAUGUUGAUGAAAUUCGAGCACAAGGUUUUAAGUUGGAGUACCUGAAUAUUGGAGGUGGUUUGGGAAUAGAUUACCAUCAUACCAAUGCAGUCUUACCUACACCUAUGGAUCUCAUCAACACUGUGCGAGAAUUAGUUCUCUCUACAGAUCUUACUCUUAUUAUUGAACCUGGAAGAUCUUUGAUCGCUAAUACUUGCUGCUUAGUUAAUAGAGUAACUGGUGUUAAAUCUAAUGCAUGGCAGAACUCAUCAGACCUAGUCUGUAUGGAGCAUACCAGGAAGGGUUUGUUUAGUAGAGAUUUAAUCAAUGAUAGCGAGUGUUACUACUAUGUUCUCGAGCAUAUCGAACUGGUCUCUCCCCCCACUCCUGGUGCCGAAGUAGCGACCUUUGAUGUUGUAGGACCAGUUUGUGAGUCCGCAGAUUUCCUUGGAAAAGAUAGGGAACUUCCAACCCCUGAUGAGGGAGCUGGACUGGUUGUUCAUGACGCAGGUGCCUACUGUAUGAGCAUGGCUUCCACCUACAACCUCAAGUUGAGGCCGCCGGAGUACUGGGUGGAAGAGGAUGGUUCGAUCGUUAAGAUCAGGCAUGAGGAGAAGCUUGAUGACUACAUUAAGUUCUUUGAUGGUCUUCCUGCUUAG